AUGGCCCACAGAAGAAGCACAACCUCCUCCAUCUUGGACGUUUUCAGCCUGAAUCCUCUCCCAUACCCAGUUCUGCUAAUUCUAGCCGUCAUCUCAAUCUUCCUCGGCAUGUCUUGGUACUUCUCGUACGAGGAAGCCGUGGAAACCGCUGAAGAACAACUGAGUUGGGUCCUCUUGGCAACACCUGUCGUGUUAGUUGUCGUCGUCCGGUGGCUGUCGUCGAUGGAAAAUCCAGGUAGUAGUUUGUUUGCCACGUCGCCGUGGGACCAGCGCCGGCGGACCCACCAUCUCCCGUCGGAAGGGAGCUCCCCGUGGGCUGUGGCUGCUUUGAUUGUGCUGCUGCUUGUUAUGGUGCAAUACCGUUCUAUCUUUCUUGAUGGCUGGUCAAUUUAG